CCGGCUUCCGGGAGGAAGUCAGCUCUUGCUGUGUCUGUGGAUGGGUAGCAACGGAGGCGGUUGCUAAGGGAGGAUGCGGAGAGGCCCGGGCCCUUACAAAAGAAAAAAAUGAUCUGGACUUAGGCAUGCAGAGCUCAGCCAUGUCUGCUGCGGCAGAUGAAACAUCAGAGGACCUCCCAGUGAGAGAUGUAGGUCUAGCGCAAGGAGGGUUUCAAGAACCAUCAACAGCUCAGAAUGCAAAAGCUCGGCAAACAGUUUCACGCAUCAGUAGAGAGGAGCUGGAAGAUCGCUACCUUCGCUUACAUGAAGAGAACCUCUUACUUAAGCAACAUGCUCAUAAGCAAGAAGAUAAAAUCAAAAGGAUGGCCACCAAGUUAAUUCGGCUCGUGAAUGACAAGAAAAAAGCAGAACGGGCCGGUGGCGGCCCCAAGCGGCAAGGCCAGGAUGUCGAGAUGGAGGAAGUGAUUGAGCAACUCCAGGAGAAAGUUCGGGAUUUGGAGAGACAAAACGAAAGCAUCCGCAACAGGCUGAUUUCCACCAAGCAGCAGUUGCAGCUUCAAGGGCACAGGCAUAUGCCUUACCGCUAUGUCCAGGCACGCAUUAACACAGGCCUUAGAAAAGCAGCAGAAAGCGUGGGGAUUCAGGAGCGUGCCAAAAAAGGAAUGAGAUUGCAGGACAUCGAUAUCCAGCCUUUGAAAUCCCCACAAGCCUUGCCGCCAAAAUACGGGCAGAACUUACUUGAAGAAGCAAAGGCGGAGAUAAGAAACUUAGAGAAUGUUAUUGAAUCACUAAAAACACACAAUGAGGAGUUAGAACAUGCUGUGGAAAUGCUCAGGAAUGAAAUUCAGAGGAAGGAAAGUGAAUUUGAAGAAGCCCUCCUACAACUGAAAGAGCAGCAAGCCACAGGCCAACGGUUAACAAUUCGCGACAAUGUCACACUGAUCAAGCUGCACAAGCAGUUGGCGGAGAAAAGCAAUGAGGUUGCGGCAAUGGAAUCCAAAAUGCUGCAGCUCGACGAGAACCAAAGGCAUCUUAAAGUCAGCCAUGAUGCACUUAUGGCAAAAGGAGAUGAACUGAAUCUGCAGCUCAAGGAAGAGCGUUCAAAAUGCCUCCAUCUGGAGAGACAACUGCAAGCCAACACUUUUUCAAAGCGACGAUUAGAUGAGCUACAAGAUACAAUCAAUGAUUUGGAGAAAGAGCGGGACCUCCUAAAAGAAAAUUAUGAUAAGUUAUACAACAGUGCCUUCGGUGUGACCCAUGACCAGAAAUGGAAGCUGAAGGAGCAGCAGCUGAAGGUGGAGAUUGCUCAGCUCGAGGCUGCCUUAAAGUCCGAUUUGGUAGAUAAAAAUAACAUCCUGGACAGAAUAAAAGUGGAACGAGACCAAAAUGAAAAACUGGCCCAGGAAAACCAAGAGCUGCGUUUGCAGUACCUGGAGCAGAAGCAACAGCUGGACGAAAUGAAGAACCGCAUGAAGUUCUUCACCAAGGAGAGCGACGUCGACGCGGCUGAACUCAGCGAGGCUCUCAUGCUUAUCAAGGUUCGUAGGCAGCAGACAAACGGAGACCUCACGUUUUUGGAGAAAGUAGAAGAUGACAUCCAGAAGGACUUGGAGCGUUCCAUGCGUGAGCUCCAAGCAACCCACGCAGAAACCGUUCAAGAGCUUGAAAAGACACGCAAUAUGUUAAUUGUACAGCAUAAAAUUAACAAAGAUUAUCAGGUCGAGGUUGAAUCUGUGACACAUAAAAUGGAGGCAUUGCAGCAAGAUUAUGAAUUAAAACUGGAACAGUAUGUCCAUCUUCUUGACGUUAGAGCCAUGCGUAUCCGAAAAUUGGAAGCCCAGCUGAAGGAUAUUGCUUAUGGUACCAAGCAAUACAAGUUCAGACCAGAAAUCCUGCCUGAUGAUCCUGUUGAUGAGUUCAAUGAAACCACCCAUUUAGAGCGAGGAGAGAACUUGUUUGAAAUCCACAUCGGCAGAGUGAUCUUUUCUGCCGAAGCAGCCAAAUCCUUUGGGGACCAGGAGCCUGCAACGUUCUGUACCUAUGCCUUCUAUGAUUUCGAACUUCAGACAACCCCCAUCAUCCGCGGCCUUAACCCAACCUACAACUUUACCUCCCAGUAUCUUGUACGGAUGGAUGAUUUCUUUUUGCAGUAUCUGCAGAAAAACACUGCGACGUUGGAGAUCCACCACGCCUAUGGCAUGGACUUUGAGACAACCGCUGCCUGUCAGCUGAGAUUCCAUGAGAUGUUGGAACAGAAUGGGAGGAUCUACGGUUCCGCCAUUUUAGUGGGCGUUGGAAGAGAGAUCCAAAACUAUGGCACAGUGGAAUACUGGGCCAGGUUAAAAGUCCCCAUGGACCAAGCAAUCCGAUUGUAUAAAGAACGAGCCAAAGCCCUGGGAUACAUAACAAUGAACACAAAAGACCAACAGCCAGUGCUCAGUCCGGUUCAGUCCAGCCCUUCCACAGAUGGAAACUUAAAUGAGCUCCACAUAACAAUAAAAUGCUGCAGCAGUCUGAAGUGCCGAAUGAGUGGCCUCCAGCCGAGUCCUUAUGUUGUCUACAAGUUCUUUGAUUUCGCCGACCACGAUACCGCCAUCAUUCCUAGCAGCAACCAACCUCAAUUUGCUGAUCACGCAUGCUUCCCAGUGUCAAUGAAUGUGGACCUUGACCGCUAUCUGAAAGCUGAAUCCUUGAGUCUGUACGUUUUUGAUGAUAAUGAAACUGAAGAUGGAGUUUAUAUAGGAAAAGCCAAUGCGCCUUUAAUUUCAUUAGCACAUGACAGAUACAUUUCAGGUACCUUUGAACUAACAGAUUCCCAAGGCCUCUCCGUCGGUACAAUCAGCAUUGAGCUGAAAUGGAAAUUUUCCUAUCUACAACCACCUGGUUCGAUUGUAGCAGCAGACCUGUCACGUUAUAUCCAGAACGAGAAACCAGUGAAGGGACAAGGGGAAGGCCCUCUCCUGACACCUCUGUUCACUUCAACAACAGUGAGGCCACAGCCUAAACCUAGACAUCGUACAGCUGCAGUGGAUAAGAAGGUGUCAUUUGUAGAUCUGAUUGCUUUGUCAAAUACGAAUCCUGAUAAAGACACUGAGGAGAAAGCUAAAGAUGAAAAGCCCAUUGUGUCAGACAUUCCUCAGGCCAAACCAGAAACUGAAGCAGGAACAUGUAAAUCUGCAAGGAAGACUCAACCAGAACAAGAGGAAUCUUCUCAGCUCUCCGAAGACCAGUUUGCUGACCAGAGCUCAGCUUAUUCGGGGGAUGAAACUGAAAUUACUGAGGAUUUGGAACCAGAAGAGCAAGAUGAGCAAUGCAUGGCUGAUGCUGUUGAAUCAGUGUCUGACAGCGAUGACUGUAUUGUUUCGAGUCCAGUGUCCACAAGCCUGAACCAGCCUGCUGAAAAAAUCCGGAUUGAAAUCAUAUCGCUCAGUCUCACUGACAACCAGAUUACAAGGGAUAACACGAUACAACGGCUGUUUGUAGAAUGCAAGUUCUCUACUUUCCCAGCGGAAGAAACUCCAGUAUCGCUUCCAAAACCCCAAAGCGGGCAGUGGGUCUGUUACAAUUACAGCCAUGUCAUGCACCUGGAUCAAGCAAACAACAAAGCAAGGCGAGAUGUCCUCAAAACCAUGCUUCGGGGAACUGAGCCCAGCCCUGGAAGCUUACGAUUCACUGUGGUCAGUGACCCUCCUGAAGAUGAACAAGACCUUGAGUGUGAAGAUAUUGGCUUUGCAUACGUCCGUCUGAGUGAGAUAUUUCGGAACAGGCAAGACAUGAUUGAACAAGACAUCAAAGUUUUCGAUUCGCCAGAAGAUGGAACGGUAAUUGGAAAGCUCAAAGUAACAGUGGAGGCCCUCAAUGCUCUGCGCUCCAUCCACAAGGAACUAAGAAACAGCCCAGAGGCCUGAAAAAUGAGCAGUUGUACCUACAGAUGUGCCUUUUCCUAAUGUAACCAGUACUGGGUCACUACUGCAAGGCAGAGGGAUGCUACAGUCUAUUUAAUGUAUAAUUUAUAUGUAAAAGAUGCACAAUUUACAGCUUUAAAGUUUAUAUAUUUUCCCUUCUCUCUCUCUUUGUGUGUGUGUGUAUGUGUGUGUGUGUGUAUAUAUAUAUAUAUAUAUGUUUUCUCUCUCCUUCCCUUAGGCUACAGCCCCACCCACAGUGGAUGCCAGCUUGUAAAUAAUUAAUACCUACAUGAUUGAAUGAUGUGCUUUAUUUGCAUUUUCAACAUUUUUUUCUGCCUUACAUAAAAUAUAAUAAAAAUGCAAGUCAAAUUUUUAAUUUUUAAUAAAAAAAAUAAAUCUUAAGCCUUAGAAAACUGAUUAAAAAUACUUUUAUGUUAUCCCUAAUCACCCCGCUAAAUGGAAUGCCUGCGAUUAGCCUCAUUAAGAAUUUUAUACUGUGAAGCUUUUAUUAGAAGCAAUAUAUGAAAAUUACUUGGAUUAAUGUGUUAAUCUGCCUCUUUAAAAUGCUAAUAUCCAUUUUAUGCACAUUAAAUCUCAGUAUGCGUUUUCUUUGAUGCAUGCCGUUUCUAUCAAUUAAAUAUAAAGAACGAGA